AUUUUCCAACACGACUUCAUUCGUCAAUCUAGUACAGUCGCUCAUGCAAAAUCGUCGUUGUAUCCAAAAAUAAUAUCAUACAAUGGAAAUCAUCAUGGCAAAUUUAAAUAUCAUGGUAAUUCUGUGCUUCAUUCAAUUUGUGUUUAGCGAAGACCGAAUAUCCGUGGACACAGUAGGUACUAUAACAGCCACUGCGGGUUACUCUAUAUCAGAUAGUCAAUCUCCAACUAUUAAAAGCUUGACUUCGAGUAUAGAAUUUUCUGGUGAUCACGAUUCUUCCAAAGACGCGUCUUCAUCAAGUGAAUCUUAUACGUCAUUGACGCCUGCCCUCCGAAGUUCUCAAAGUUUGUCGUCACGAUCCAGACAAGCUAGAGGGAAAUCUCAGAGCCAGACGUGGAGCAGUGAAGAAAAAGACAUUGGUAUCCCAUCUUUUUCAUUGACCGAUCACCGAGUGAAUGAACAAUUAUAUAGUGUUAAACCACAAACGUUUGACAAUMAAUCGCCACAAUUAUCCGACAUUAAAAGUAAUGAAAGUGUAGAGAAGUCUGCUGCAGUAUCAUCUAUUACAUAUGGAAAAAAGAUGCACAAAAACGACGGUCACGACGAUCGACCCGUUUUCAACGAUUGGUCAGAAGAAGUACACAUGUCAUUCGAUAACAAUAAACCAAUUAGAUCACGUCGGAAGAAUAAACACCAGCUAGACAGUGAACAGGAAAAAAGAAAAACGCAGAUCAAAAAAUUAACGGGAGACAGUAGUGUCAAUAAGGAUGGUUGGCAAGAAUUAAGUCCCAAUAUGGAGAUGGCCACUGGCAUUAUUACAUCAGUUCAAGAGCACGAUUCUUCACAAGAAUCAUCUGGUAGUUCAGAAAUGUUUAAGGCUCAUCAUCAGCCAGACCUAUACAACGCAGACGGCAUUUCCAGCCUGGAAGAAGUGACGCAACAGGCUGAACCACAGAACUUCAACCACAAACAGGUUUUGUCCAAAAUGAACCAUUUCGACUUCAGCAACGCCGUGUCGCAGGUCAACAAGUCACCGCCRCCCAGGGAAAAGCGGUUGAACUACUUGCAGCCGAGUGGAAUAGGUCUCCCGGCGUCCAGGUAUCCGUUUAGCGGAGGCGGGCCAUUGCAACAGUCGCAGGUGCAGGCUGUCGGGCCCUCUGCGCAGCCACACUCCGCUGCAGCUGCGAUCGCAGCAGCCGCUGUUAAGUCCGUGAAAAUCGAACAACCAUCGGCGACUCCCAACUACCACAGCAUCGUGGUGCCCAUACCGAUCUCGCACCAGAUGUACGCGGCCAUCGGUGGUGACCCGUCGUCCCCUGUGCACGGCCACCAGCUGGCCAGCAGCACAGUACAACAGGCGAUGAUGUCGUUGCCGGUCGUGCACAACGUGUUCUUCAAGACAGACGAGAACGGCGGUGGCAARACCAUGCCGGCCAUCGUGAUACCACUGAAACCGGAAUACCUGCAUCAAUUGCAGCAACAGCACUACGCACACGCGCAACAGCAACAGUUGGCAGUUGACGACUCGCUGAACGCUGCCGGACACCAACUGCCGGUGCACCAAGGGGCCGCCAAAGCGUUGCAGUUCCAACAACUCCAUCAGCAGCAGAUUCAGCAUCAGCAGCAACAGCCAUCGGCAUCCCCGUCGUCAACGUCACCGUCGUCGUUGACGCCUUCAUCUUACGCGCCAAAGCCGAAAACGACAAAAGUCAAAAAACCGUUCGGUUUGAUGAAGGACAACGACGUGCAACACCGCGUCAAGCAGCCGUUUGGCCUGCAACACCAAUUCUACAACAACCCAUUUGCGGGUGGAGCGGGAGGCGCCGGCCACGUUCAGCUGCACCACGCCGGCCAUCAGCAGCAACACGGCAGURGUGGCCACCAACAUUCGCAACUCGACGCAACCGAUGAUUCGCGAUACACGCAGACCGCCACCGURCCCGCACCGGUACCUAUUCACGCGUAUUCGGGCACUGGCCAUCCGAUCGUCGUCAAGCGACCGCACGCUUACGGUUACGUGUCACCCGCAUCCCAGGCGUCAACCAAGUACGCGCAGGCUGUAAAUAAAUCACCACCACUAAACCAUCACAGCCACAACAACCAUCACCAUCACCACAACAACCUUCACCACCAUCAUCAGCCGCAGCAGCAGCAACAGCAGCAGCCGUCCACCGAGGAGUUGGCCGCGGCCAUUGCACAACAGCAGCUGAUACAGCAGCAGCAGCAGCAGCAGCAGCAGCAGUUCAAAGCGACCACGUACCAUCCGGGUUACGCGUACCUCAACGGCCCGGACGACGAUUACCCGUACAAGCCCAUUUACAAGGACAUGAACAAGCGYAAUGACGUGCUGGUCGUCCGAACCACUGACGGUCACGAGUGACGGAUGAUCUAGGUACCGAGAUCUUGAAUUUUACACCGAACCUAUUACUUAAACAUUAUUCUAUUUUAUUAUAAUAUUAUCAUUAUACACGUAUAUKUGAACAGACACGUAGGCACCUAAUAGGUGGGAGGGGGUUCAGGAGGGUAACCCGUGGCAUCUCUUUUUUAAAUUUUUUUAGCAUUUAUUUUCGUUCACAAGAUACAACAUACAACACUCGGAGUUACACAAUUUAAACCAAUAAGUWAAACUAUUCAAAGGAUAUCAGCCUAAGUCCAUUAUUUAUUGUCUCUCUCAAACCCACUCGCUACAUUGGUGAAAAACGCUUUCGCCUAAAAAUAAAAAUCACCCAUCACCAAAAAUUAUAGAGGAUAAUAUUUUUGAAGGACAUGACAUAUCAGUUUUAUAUUUUAUUAUUAUUUGACCUUGUAACUAUUCGAUUUUCAAAGUAAAAAAAAAAAAUGUUUAUUUUUAUACAAUGUUUAAAUAAAUCGAUAUGUCAUACCCCCGAAAAUAUCACUCUCUAUCGUUUUUGUAAUAGGUAACUUAUUUUACUCUAAGUUUUCUCAAACRCAUAAAAAAAAAAGAUUCUGCAUAAAUACUCGUACGUUUUUUUUCAAUGUUGCGCAUAGGCCGGAGAGAAAAAACAAACAUUGAACUGACUUCCUCUUAAUUACAGAAAUAACCCUCCCACAUAAUUUUUUUCUCGUAUCGUGCCCGUAACGUAUAUAUACACCUAUGUUAUACUAUUAUAUAUUAUGUAUACCUAUGUCCUGUAUAAAGACUAAAAUGUAAAGAUAAGUUAAUAACGUGUUUUGUUGUGAUUGUUAUUAAUUCUAUGCGAUAAAUUAUUAUUUAUAAGKAUCUUUAUAUUAUAUUAUGCAAAAAAUA